AUGUUCGCAAAAACAAUCCUCCUUGCUCUCCUUCCGUCGAUUGCAGCAGCAGCACCGCAUCAGCAGCAUCGUGCAGGUACGGACCAGGCACAACAACAUGGUGGCAUGAGCUGUAUGCAACAACCGAAUGCUGGCAAACCUGCUGUAGGAAAGGCCAUCUAUAUGUUGACGAACGAUGCCGAAAAUGCCGUUGUUGCACUGCCCAUCGGAGCCGAUGGCAUGCUCUCCAAAGGCAAAGUGAUGAAGACAGGUGGUGCUGGAUCUGUUGCUGUUGAUGCAGAGGGAAAACCUGCAACGCCUGAUGCGCUCGUUGGCCAGUCUGCUCUGACUAUCGCUGGAAACAACCUAUUCGCUGUGAAUGCUGGCUCUAAUACCCUUACCAUGAUGACCAUAUCGUCAAGAGAUGCCACAUCGCUCUCGUGCGUCGGUAAGCCUUUGGCCAUACCCGGCGAAUUCCCAAAUACUGUCGCUGCAUCUGCGAAGAACAAGCUCGCCUGCGUCGGCACGACAGGUGCCAAAGCGGGAAUCUCAUGCGCUUCCUUCUCCCGGCAAGGACUCGGGCAAAUGGAUGAGCUUCGAUCCUUCGAUCUCGGACAAAGCACACCGCCUGUAGGACCACUGAACACAGUCUCACAGACUUUCUUCUCGUCCGACGAAUCUGCUCUCUUCACGACCGUCAAGGGCGACCCGACAGUGAACAAUACGGGCUUCCUCUCCACCUACUCGGUGCAAGCCUCAAACGGAGCAGCCACUCUCUCCGAGAAAGAUGUUCGUAGCUCGCCCAAAGGAACUGCGGUGCUUUUCGGCUCAGCUACCUUGUCCAAAGACCCGUCUACCCUCUUUGUCACUGACGCUUCAUUCGGUGCUACCGUAUUGUCGAUUGACUCCAAAGGCCAAGCAACAGUCAAAGGGAAACAAGCUAUUGAUGGCCAAGCAGCAACCUGCUGGGCUACCAUCUCCGACGCAACAAACAGCGCUUUCGUAACAGAUGUCGGAGUGAACCGUGUUGUGGAGAUGAGUCUAGACGACGCAAGCAUUAUCAAGCAACUUGAUCUAUCUGCAAAUGGCGACCCUGGUCUCAUUGAUCUGCGUGCGGCAGGAGACUUUGUUUACGCAUUAAGCCCAGGUAAUGGGACGACGGCUGCGGCGAUAACGGUGCUGGAUGUGUCUGGAGGCCAAGGAUCCAUGAAGCAGGUGCAACAUUUCGACCUGAGUGGAAUGGCAGGAAAGAACGCUCAGGGUAUGGCUGUGUUGAUGUGA